UGUGACUCUCGGAUUCACUGUGUCGUCUACCCUUAACGGGUGCAGUUCGUUCUGGUCUCGAUUUGAAUCGUGUGACUCGUGCGCGUGCCACAGUUCUGGCUGCCCAUCGAUUUUGUGCAGAAAAGAAGAAAGAAAAGGCAGAAAGUUUUCCUCUUUCCCAGUGAAAAAACCCCACAAAACAAAGCUCAAGUCGCAGCCAAGUAAAGAAAAUCCACCAUGAAAUAACAAGGAAAUAUCCAAAAAUAAUCCAAGAAUCAUAGUACAACUUUUCCCCCAAGCGGAGUGCAAAAUUUUCUCUGUUAUACAGAAAGCCAGACCCCAGACCCCAGACCCCGUCCUCACAAAUACACACAUAGUACAUGUAUGUGGAUACAAAUGUAUAUGUUACAUUUAGGAUAUAAAAAGUAAAGAAAGGAUUUGAACAAAGCUACGCGAAUGUGCGCUUUUGGUUACCUAUUGUUUUUUGCCCUAUUGCUAACAACAAUUCUGGUGCUAUCCAUCAUAUUUGCCACGACCUCAAAGCGAUCCAUGUUGGACAGCUUUGUUCUCGUAUUCAAUUACACACAGGAACAACAGCAACAAGAGCCACAACAGCAGCAAGAGGACUAUCUGGAACAGCCACAAAUGUUCCUGAAACAGAAAUCCUUUUGAGUUUGAGUUUAAAUAAAUAAAUCUGAGGGCUUAUCUAAAUCUUGCUUAAAAAAAAGAAAAGGGGAAACGAAAAAUCAAUUGGACACGACUGUGCGCAAGCAAAAGAAUUUCAUUGUACGAAGAGCAAAAACAACAAAUAAAACACUUGCAGUGCGGUAUUCAAAUUGUGUGAGGCUAUAAAACCAUUCCGUUGCUAAACAUUUACG